AUGGCUGGCAUCGUCAACGGACCUCUGUCCAUCUUUCGGAAAACAGAUUCCCCCAAGCCGCUUCAUGCUCGCUGGGGCGAUGUCUCCAUCUCCGUUCCUACAGAUGGCUCUUGGAAUCAAUACGACAACCCCCAUCGACCUGUGAAAGAACGUUCUGCCUACGGGCCAGGCUAUGUCCCUGACACCUCACCUCAAGAUCGGACACCUCGUCCACUGAAAGAAGAGGUAGACGACGACGACACCAGAAGCGUAUGCAGCACAUCAUCCACUGCAUCGCGCCGCAGCUCACUAUCUCUCUCGGGCUUGAAGCCGAGCCGGCUCUCUGUGCGCCUCGCCUCACGCCCAAAGGCGUCUGGAAGUGAAUCCCGAACAGAUAGAGACGCCCGGUAUUCCAAUCAAAGCCGAACCGACUUCGCAUAUCGCCCCAUUCACCAAGACUACACGUCUGAAGUGACCGAAACCCCCAAACACGGCAGCAAUCGCUUCAAAUACAUCCCGACCAGCGGUCGCUAUCUACAGGAUUCUGGCGCUUUGCCCCCACGCAGCCAGUCUGUUAGCUCUCAUCACAGUGCGCAUUCAUACCGCGAUUCAUACGCCGAAUCUAUUGACGAAAACCGCUUUGACCGGGGGUACGGCCCAAGCAGUCGUUUCAGCACUUAUGAGGACGAUCGAGGUCUCCACCCUAGUUUUGCAGAGGGCUCGGAUGGUUCGCGGCGAAACUAUGGUUUGCCUCCUCGUCGGAGAACGUCGCCAUUUGUUCCGGCCGAUCGGAAUAGAGCUUCUUUGAAACCUGCUACUAUGGCAAUGGUGCCUGAUCCUGAUGAGCUUUAUGAGUGA